AUUCAGUUGGUAGCUCUGUGUUGUUGUGUCGGCCAUCUUUGAGACUCGCACUUUUGCUAAUGAAGAAUUUUACUGUUACCUAUUUGUGGCUGGAUGAUUUAUGACUUAUUUUUCUAUCCCCAUAAGUUACAAUCGAGUUAUAAAAUAGUUUUCAAUAUUAGAUAAUAUAAAGUUAACGUAUUCCAUAUUGAGUGAUUUUCUAGUCCAAAGUAGGCCUCUAAAUUGAUAGUUUCAAGUCUCAUGCAACUGGAGUGGCAAAGUGUUUGGCUUCUUUUUAGCUUCCUGAAAGAUUAUUUGUGCUGAAUCAAAACAUUAUUAAACAGUAUACGGACUAAUUAUACGAUGAACAGUGGGCUUUUAUGAUCCGUUAAUCUCGGCGUGGUUUUAGUUUUGACGGUAAAAUGUUAUUUUCUACUAUAGGCCUACAUGACUACAAUUCACCUCAGCUUCUCACUUGUUUGCCAGUUCUCAAACCACGAUAGCUAACUUGAAGCGAUAAUUUUCUUCAAGUUAUACAACGUAGAUUAGGUCAGAAAACUUCAAUAACUGGCAUCAAGAAUCAAAAGUUUCAAAAAUGGACUUCAAUUUCAUUGAUAUCAACUCCAAACAGACGGAUGGAGUGGAAGAAGGUGAAGACGAUGAUGAGCGAGAUCAAUUCAACGAGGGUAAUGCAAUGGCUGUCGAUCCGUUGAGUAUGGAUAACGCAGCGUUGAGUACGGAUAACCCAGAGAUCAAAGGAGAAUAUGAGGAGUUGAUUUUGAAAUGUGAGCCGAUCGACUAUGAUAAUGAAGACCAGGAUGAUGAUAGAGAAGAGUCUAGAUCACAUGAUGGAAUUUCAUUACUGCCUGAAAAUGACGAAUCGCGUUCAAAUGAUGGAUCGGCGAUUCUACCAGAAAACGAUCAAUCUCGAUCAUCUAUUCUGAGUUCAGAGGGAAAUUGUGUGGAGAUGAUGGCCACUGAGAACAGUUUAGACGUUGAGAAAUCAGCUGAUCCGAAAACUUGUUUAGUGAUGGGGAAUCAGCUGUGUCAGGUUUUUUCGGAGAACUCGGAUGACACAGCCUUCAGAAUAAUCCCAAGAAUGUUCAAGGAAACAGAUGAACAGAAAAAUUUGGGAGAGUCAUCGAGACAGAAAAAUUUGGGGAAGUCAUCAUCGUCAUCUGGUGUAAAUCCUACGGCUGCGCAGUCUCCAAAACUUCUUCAGAGUAUUGAUAUAGAAGCUAGCGGACUAGUGACUCCUUCAAAAUCUCCCCCAGUUCCCACUAGAUCACAGAAUCCCGAAAACGGCACCAGUCCUCCAGAGAACAAUGCUAAAGGAGCAACGAAUGUAGUGAGUUCUCCAGCACCCGGUGUGCCGUUAUCAGCGUCCAGUAAACUGAUAAAAAUCAAAGAUAAUAUGUAUCUUGUGGUGUCUCCGGUUGAUGCAAGCAAGAGUCAAGAACAACAAAGUCAAGGGAUAUCCUCGAAUCAAUUUAGUGGACAGCCUGAAGGAGCUUUGAAUCAAUCAACAACAAACAAUCAAGGAUCACCGCAAACUCCAGGAGGAACUUUGAAUCAAUUGAAAACAUCAGAUCAAGGAUUAGCUUUGAAUCAAUUAAUAGGCCAAUCUCAAACUUCCGGAGAGCCUUUGAAUCAACCAUCAACACAAUUCUCAAGAUUAGCUCUCAAUUUUGGAAAAUCACAAGCUCCAGUAGUAACUUUGAAUCAAUCACCAACUAUUAAUCAAAGAGUAGCUUUGACUAUUGGGAAACCUGAACAAUCUGGAGUAAUUUUGAAUCAAUCACUAACUAAUAAUCAAAGAGUAGCUUUGACUAUUGAGGAACCUAAAACACCUGAAGUAAUUUUGAAUCAAUCACUAACCAAUAAUCAAAAUGUAGCUUUGACUAUUGAGAAACCUAAAACACCUGACGUUAUUUUGAAUCAAUCACCAACUAAUAAUCAAAAAAUAGCUUUGAUUCUUGGGAAACCUCUAACUCCUGGGAACGAACUAGCUAAAACUGUUGUGGAAAAUUCUAAUAAUUCAGCAAUUAAACUCCUUCAAACCCGUGGAGUGUCUGUGAGCCAAAUAAGUUCAAAUACACAAGAUUCAUCUCCAAUACAGCCAUCCAAUAACAGUAAUAUUGCCGUGUCUCAACCUUCUGGAUCAAUCUCGAAUCAAUCUCUAGAUAAUAGUAUUGUUGGUAAAAUGCUCACACAAUCCCCACCAUCUACCAGUUUUGUAUUUGGCAACGGCAACCUAGUACCAUCCACAUCUCAAAAUCAAUCACCAACUAUAGAUUUGACAGAUGAGCAACUAAUCACAACAGGAGAUCUACCAGCAUCUCAGAAAAGUGUGAACUUGGCUACUGUCAAUCAGAUACACUCGAAUCCAAUCAACAAUCAGUUAGGAUUGGUGUGUAUUAAUGGUUCUCAAAUAUUGUUGACAAAUCCAAUGGCGCAACCAGGAGCUGGAAGUUUGGUUUUUGGUCAUCCGUCCUCGUCCAGGUUGGAUGAAUCAGCAGCUAGGCCUACUACUGUGACAAAUAUGUUUGAAUACCAGAAUCCGGGAACUGUUCCCGGGCAAAAUGGGAUUCCAUGUAAUCUUAGGCUGGCGACGAUCAACGGUAAAACUGUACUAUACAACGUUCCCAGUCCUAUGUUUCAAGCUCAGAAUCCAGAUUUGGGUUCGAAUCGAUCGGUUCCAAGACAUCCCAACAUUUUAAGAAAAACACGUCAUCUCGAAAAAAAUUUGUUGGGAACAGAUGUGAAUCCGUUAGCUGUUUCUCAGCCUACAUUCACAAUUACAUACGGUAAUUUGUUGCCUGCUUCUAGAGAAGGCUGCAAUGAAAAUGUUUUAUUGACUGUACCGUCACUGAGCGGUAGGGUGGUUUCAAAAGAUGAUGAGAAGAAAACUAACUCACCAGUCUCCAAUCAAAGUUUGUCAAAGUUAAUCAGUUAUCCAAUACUGCAAAGUACAGCAGAUUCCAGUAAUAAAACAAAUCUGAACAAACCUUUGGAUAGCAACAUGAAGUUUAGUCUAUUGACAAUUAAUGGAUCUCAUUAUCUGGUCGCAAAUCCGCCCCCUGUAAUCAACUCUCCAGUAGGUAAUCAAUCUCCAAAAUUAAGUACAAAUUUUAGUUCAAAUACAAGUAUUUUGUUGGCUCCAACUGCAUCUAGCUCUCCAGUUGGUAAUCAUUUACCCAAAUUGAGUACAAAUUUGAGUUCAAGUACUAAAAAUAAAAGUAUUUUGUUGGCUCCAACUGUAACCAGCCCUCCAGUUGGUAAUCAGUCACCCAAAUUAGCUACAAAUUUGAGUUCAAGUACUGAAAAUAAAAUUAUUUUGUUGGCUCCAACUGUAUCUAGUUCUCCAGUUGGUAAUCAAUCACCCAAGUUAGGUACAAAUUUGAGUCCAAGUUCUAAAAAUACAAGUAUUUUGUUGGCUCCAACUGUAUCUAGCCCUCCAGUUGGUAAUCAAUCACUCAAGUUAGGUGCAAAUUUGAGUCCAAGUUCUAAAAAUACAAGUAAUUUGUUGGCUCCAACUGAAUCACCUAUAAUCAGAUCUCCAGUUAGGAGUCAGUCACCCAAAUCAGGAACAAGUUCUUGUACAAACUCAAAAACUACAGUAGAAAUAAUGGAAUAUUGCGAACAUUCAAAAACUUAUGAAUAUAAAAUAAUAAAUGCAAGUGAAUCAUCUUCAGAUGAUGAUAAAUCUCAAAAAUUAGGUGCAGGCUCAAAAUCAAAGAAUAAACGUUUGCGUUCAAAAUCAAACAAUAAAAGUUCGCGUUUUAAAUCAAGGAAUACAAGUUUGAGUUCUAAUUCCAAGUAUACAAGUUUGCUUUCAAAAUCAAAGCUUACAAGCUCGAGUUCUAAUUCAAAAAAUACACGUUUGAGUUCUGAUUCAAACGAUGCAUUGGCUCCAUGUCAAUCCAACAAUUCAUUCAAAGCUUCUCCGAAAUCUUUUCCCAUAAUGAAAAGCACUCAAGCUCAACAUGGUGGUACAGCUGUGAAAAACAAAGUGGUGGGAAAACCAAACAAACAAAAACCUUCUGCAACUGUAGCAUUGAAGGAUUCUGUAAAUUGCACAUUAGCAGUGGAGACUUGUGUUGAAGAUCCAGAAUUUAUAUUGCCUACAAAUGCUGAACUAAUGUGUCUUGACCAAUCAAAAGAAACCCGUUCACUAGUAGAACCAGUUGAUAAAAAUCCUGAAUUUAUAUCGCCUAUAAAUUCCGCAUUUACUUGCUCUGACCAAUCAAAUGAAAACAAUUGUCCUCCAGGAGAACCAAUUGAAGGGCAUCCUGAAUUCAUAUUGCCUAAUAACACUACAACAUUUAAUUGUGAUCAAUCAAAUGAAAGUAAUUGUCCGCCAGGAGAACCAAUUGAAGGGCUUCCUCAAUUCAUUUUGCCUAAUAACACUACAACAUUUAAUUGUGAUCAAUCAAAUGAAAGCAAUUGUCCGCCAGGAGAACCAAUUGAAGGGCAUCCUCAAUUCAUUUUGCCUAAUAAUACUACAACAUUUAAUUGUGAUCAAUCAAAUGAAAGCAAUUGUCCGCCAGGAGAACCAAUUGAAGGGCAUCAAUCGAAUGAAAGCGAUUAUGAAAACUGCCCUCCCGUAGAACCAAUUAAUCCUGAAUUUAUAUUGCCUACAGAUUCCAUACUAAUGUGUACUGACCAAUCACAUGAUAGGUCAAAUUUCGACCAAUCGCAGCCUGUAAUAAGUUCGAUUAGUUACGGGCCAAAUGUUUUCAAAUCGUUGAAAGUUGAAGACCAAAUGUUUCUAAUGGCGUCGACAACUAUUUCAGAUAGAGCUGAUGAGGUUGAAUCUUCUAACAAUCUUAACAGCGAUUUGAAACCCCCUUACAAAAGUGUCAGCGAUGUAGAACUUCCUGACAAUCUUGGCAGCAGCAAUGUAAAACUCUUAAAUAAACGAGGAAGAAAAAGGUUACACGGAGAAAAUUCAGACAGUGUAAAGAAGCUUUCUAGAGUUUCAGAAUCUAAGCGGUCCACCUCAGACGCAAUCGAUAAAAAUGGAGUUGUUGAGGAAGGUGUAAUCGAUGAAGAUUCAACAGCUCCAGAGUUUGAUAUUGAAGUUAAUCCAUUGCUAAUGGAACCUGAGGUUAUCUUGGGUGAUAAUGAACCAAGAAGGAAGAAGGAAAAGAUGAAGAAAAAACGAGUUGAUAGCGCACUGGUCAGUGACUGUGCAAUCUGUAAUGUACGUGUGAAUGAUCUGGAAUUGCAUAUGAUGGAGAAACAUCAAGUGGUUUGCAAGUUUUGUGACGUAAUUGUCGACAGCAAAAAGAGCUUGUCGACGCAUCUGGCGUCUCAUUCAAUGUACGUCUGUCAACAAUGCAACAGGUGCUAUUCGUCGAAGGCUAGUCUGGACUAUCACGUACGUAGUCACGAGGUGAAGCCCAUUUCCUGCGAUUACUGUUCGCGAACGUUCAAAGGGAGCUUAUAUCUGGAAAAACAUGUGGUUUUCCACCACAAGGAUGUAGCCAGGGAGUAUGUGUGUGACACGUGUGGCGACCAGUUUUUCCUAAAGGAGUCGUGGAAGUCGCACAAGAGCUAUCGCAAUCGGUACAAGAAUCACACACGGCGGAGGAACUGUGUCCGUUCAGGACCGAAGCCCGCAAGUUCAGGUGCAAACGUAGACACUGUAUGACAUUGUUCGAGUCGCUCGAAGGUUCGGUUGGCCGCACAUCAGUUCAGCUGCAGCAAGUGCGAAUUCAACGCCAAAGACAAGGCUGGUUUACAGGAUCAUGUGUUCGCCACACACUUCAAACGGUGUCCGUUGUGCGGCAAACUGUUCUCUUCGAUUGAAUUAGCCAAGAGGCACUAUUGGAAUAUGCAUUUCCAUGUCAAAAUGUACGAGUGUGAGUACUGCGGGAAAUUGUAUGAAGACUACAAGUACCUAGCCAUGCAUAAAAUCACGCAUGGCGUAUAUAUGCGUAGGAAAAGAGAGGACAAUAAUGUUGAAAAGAUGAGAGAAGAGGAUAAUAGCAAUAAAUGUGAGGCACGUGGACAGGCGGUUGGAAAUUAUGUAGAGCUAGUCGCACAUAAAGAGAUGCAUGUCUAUAAGACUGGUGACAGGAGUACGGUACUAGGUGACAGUAGUACUGUUGCACACGACUGUAGUACAGUUGUAAACGAUAGUAGUACAAUUAUGGACGGCAGUAGUACAG